AUGGCGAUGGGGAGGGGGGCGGUGGCCGCCACCACCGGAGUGGAGAGCGGCGCGGGGAGGGUGGCCGCUGGGGCCGGGGUGGCCGCCGGCGCCACUAGGCUUGCGGGAGCGCGCUGUCUUUUUUUUCGAAACGGCGGACAAUGGCAGGUACCGUGGUGUUGUCCAGAGGCCCUGGGGAAGUGGGGCGUCCAAAUCCAAAACCCUGUCACUGGCAAGAGACAAUGGCUCGGCAGGUUCGACUUCGCCGAGAAAGCGACGCGCGCUUACGAUGCCAAGGCGCUCGAGUACCAGGGGCGAAGGGCGCACCUCAAUUUUACUCAGGAUGCUUGGUGCGCGAGUGAGAUAGCGCCUCCUAACAUGAGGAUAGUCUCCAAGGCUAAGGAGCAGGAACACCUGAAGGCUGAGGCGCUCAUUAGGGCCCGUGAACGUCAGAGCAUCGAUCCCUUGGUGGAACAGUGUCUUUGGGAGGAUAUGCAUCUAUAUGACAUUAAUGAGGCAUUGCUGAUGACCGCACGCAACCAGAAGAAUGUCGAGGAUGACCCGAUAGACUGGGAUGAUCUCGCCAAGGAGUCUGACGAGGAUUACAUUAGGAGUUGA